AUGUCACCGGACUCUGAAGACAGGUACGAACUGGUGCGGACCCUCCGUCACUAUCGCCGUCGACGCCACCGCUCCUCCGACAGCAGCACCACUGACUCCCAGUGCUCCUGCGAGUCAUGCGCCUCUCAGAGCAACACGUCCUUCUUUGGCAGCGAGGAGGGGCCACCGGGAGGCGAGGCCACCAUCUACCGCCAAGCUGUUUUAUGGCUGGAGAGCAUUAAAUACCUGUGGGGUCUGUUUAUCUACGGGAUGCUGGCCUUCGCUACCCUGUUCACCGAUCGGGAACAAGAUGCUGACAUGGGCCUAAGUAUGGUAGAUCAAGCACAUGAGUAUGGUGUGUUU